CUCCUACGCGACUCAGAUAAACUCUCUGGCUUCUCAAUCCCGGGUAUCAAGGAUAAAGUCCUAGUAACGCUAUUCUCUGAUGACACCACCAUCUACUUACGUGAAUCGGACCGCCUCGCUGACCUGAAUGACAUCCUGAACCUGUGGUGCAAAGCCUCCGGUGCGACAUUCAAUACGGAGAAAACUGAAAUAAUACCAAUUGGCAGACUGGCGCACCGCCAACAUGUCCUAUCCUCCCGACGCCUCCAUGUUGAUGACCCCCCACUACCACUCUCAAUUCACAUCGCCAAGGACGGCGAAGCCAUCCGCUCACUCGGUGCCUGGAUUGGCAACCUCAUCAGCAAUGCCACACCUUGGGAACCAAUAAUCGACAAAAUACAACUUACCCUAAAUCGCUUCCAACAAUCCCACCCCACGCUGUUCGCAAAAUGCCACAUGAUCCAGUGGACGGUUGGAGGUAUGUCCCAAUACCUAACCAAAGUCCAAGGCAUGCCUAAGCACAUCGCCCAGGCCCUUGAAAAGCUGACCCGAGGCUUCAUCUGGGAAGAUGCAGCCCACCCUCCCAUUGCCCUGGCCCAUCUCUACAAACCCCGACGCCAGGGCGGUAUCGAC